AUCCGUGGAGCUGACAGAUUGCCCGAUAUUCACUAAUGACUGAGCACAUAGGAGGAAGGACCCAGAGGAGACACAAUGCCUAGGUCUUUCUUGGUGAAGAGCAAAAAAGCACACAGCUACCACGAGCCGCGAUCUUUGGAAGAUGACUACAACAGACUUGAUACUAUUUUAGCUCAUAUAUGUGCAGAAAGCAGAACUUCAGAUGAGUCCGAGUGCUGUACGGAUGCCCUGACAGGCGACACGACUGGCGCUUGUUCACCGGACUCUCACCUGGUGGAUCAAGCGGAUCUAUCCUCUAAGUCUCCUCUCAGCAGUGGGGGAAGUGUGUGCGACCGCUCCUCAGAUUACGAAGACUUUUGGCGACCUCCAUCACCAUCAGCAUCACCGGAGUCAGAAAAGUCCUUUUCACCCUCUGGUGAAGAAACGCAGCCAUUCGCCGUCCCCUUCAGGCCUUAUGCAUGGAGCAAGUACUCGGGCUAUGAAAUCAGACAGCUGGUCCAGCAUACUCUCAACCAUCACCGCUCUCUGGAUCUCGAGCGGCCUACUCCUUCAGCCUAUUACAAUGAUCGCGUGGUCGAGUCCUCUCUUUUCAAUGAAAGAGGAUCUGGCGCUAGCAUUUACAACAGUUAUGGUUCCACUGCCACCCUGUUCGAGCGCUCCACUGCCUCUGGACUCUAUGAUGACAGCGGCAAACUGGGAAAAGAAACCGAGAUGAAAUCCAGCUCUGAUGUGAUGUGUAGUCGUCUCCUGCUAAAUGGCGCAUUCAAAUGUAUAAAAUGCAGCAAGGUGUUUUCCACACCGCAUGGCUUGGAAGUUCACGUUCGGAGGUCGCAUAGUGGAACAAGACCUUACGCUUGCGACAUCUGCGGGAAAACGUUCGGGCACGCUGUCAGUCUGGAGCAACACAGAGCUGUUCACUCACAGGAGAGAAGCUUUGAUUGUAAAAUCUGUGGGAAAAGUUUUAAAAGAUCAUCUACUUUGUCCACGCAUCUCCUCAUACACUCCGAUACACGGCCCUACCCGUGCCAGUACUGCGGAAAGAGGUUUCACCAGAAAUCAGAUAUGAAGAAACACACAUUCAUCCACACAGGGGAGAAGCCACACAAAUGUCAGGUGUGUGGGAAAGCUUUCAGUCAGAGCUCCAAUCUGAUAACACACAGUCGAAAACACACCGGAUUCAAGCCGUUUGUAUGUGACCUCUGCGGCAGAGGAUUCCAGCGCAAGGUCGAUUUAAGAAGACACAAGGAGACACAACACGGACUGAAGUGAGGAAACACUUCAGGACUUUACCCAACACUAUUGGACAACCCAUUGGGACUUUAAUAGUCUUUUUAAUUUAACAAGCUACAAAUGCUCAUUCAUAAAACAUAAGCUGAAAUCAGUGUUUUAGAGAAGGCGACUUAUAGCGUUUACAUUCGUUGUAGAGCUGUUUGCGCUUUGUGAGAUUUGCCUACGAGUCAGCAGCAGGCCAGCAGGUCUGGCAGCUUUCAUGGUGAUGUUAUACAGGGUAUCUUGAUCCGAAUCAAUAGCCCGCUUCAGAGACAUGCCAGGCAUCGUGUCUGAACCCAAAAUAUUAUCACCAAAAUAAUCAGGGACGAAAUAUAACCGCCGCGAGAAAGGACACUGUAUCACCCAAAAUAUCAGCUGAAGGAGAGAAAAAUCACCGCAUCUCACAAGAAUGUCACUUUGUUGUCAACGCUGCAAAGGGAGUGCUGGCAAAACAAGCACUACAAUAGACUGCGAGAUUUCAUCAAUAAAAGGAUUGUUUGUGUACUACAGCCCAACUUAAGUGAUUUGGCAACUUGUCGAAGCCUUUCCAUUCAUCAUGUUUUUUCUUUUCUAUUUAGAGUCGUUUUCUUUAGCGUAAAUAGAAAAA